AUGGUCGACGGCUACAGCGGCUCGCGAUUCAGCAUCAACGGCGUACUGCUGCCCGGCCCGCUCUUCCUCCUCCCCACCCUGCCCCUCGCCUGGAACGUCACCUCCCUCGACGAGCUAUCACCCGAGUCCCUUGCCCUGGCCUAUGCCAUACGCCCUCGCGUCUCCAUUUUGAUAUUGGGCUGCGGCCAAAGGAUCAAAAUGAUCAACCCACAGUUGCGUGACUUCUUCCGCCAGAAGGGGAUCUCCAUCGAAGCGCUCGACACGUGGAACGCGGUGGCGACGUGGAACAUCCUCAACCAAGAGGACCGAGCCGUGGCUGCUGCGCUCAUGCCCUUUGACUACGAGUGA